CGUGCGCGCGCGCCUGCGCGAUGCACGUUACGGCGCUCGAGCUGCGGCAGUUUGUAGUUCAAAGCGGCGGCGGUUGAGGGUUGGUGGCGUGAGGUGAUGUCGCGGAGGAGCGACGUGUUUAAACAGCAUGUUCUUAACCAAUUGUAUGGUUUACCUCACAUUGAAGAGAAGAAUCUUGAAGCCCCUACCAAACAAUCAAGUGCAAACCAAGAGCAGAGGAGCAAAAUCAGUGAUUCAUCAAUAGAUGUUAAACAAACCAUUCCUGUGCAUAGGAAAAUCUAUACAGUGAGCCUGCCCCCAUCUCAAUAUGAAAUGAGCUCAACCAGACAAAAUGAGCAGCCCAAGUCGCAUGACUCAAGUGAUGAAGUACAAGAUGAAAGUGAUUGUCCCCGAAGAUUUCAAAGAAAACGUAGGCAUAAAAGAAAGCUUUGUAGCUCUUUCUCCUUUAGCAAUGAUGCACAAACCGUACUGGAACAGCAACCAAAGUUGUUUGAAACAGACAUCUUGCAAACAACUCAUAUAGAUUCUGCAAAACAUACAACAGAAACUUUAAGUAAAAACAAGAAAAGAAAAUUGAAAAAGAAACGGCACAAAGAAAAGCUAAGGGCUGCUGGACUUUUAUCCAAAGCCACUGCUCUGGAGUUCACAUAUCAACCAGAAGAGGGCAGAAGUGAAGAAGAUGAUGCUGAAGGUGAAAAAAAGGCAUCUGAGAUCAUUGAUUUCUUACAAGCAACACAGGAAAUUUAUUUUACUGAUGGUAAAAAUAGAGCUGAAGAUGUAUGUCCUGCCUUGGAAGACGUUCACAGAAUCCUGCAGAGCCUUGAAUCGGGCACAGUGCCAUCUUCUGAUGUACUGUUUCUGCAUCGUUUAAAGAAUCUGGUUGUUCUACAGGAUAUUAACAGAUUAACCAUUGUCCUGAAGGAGUUCAAGGAAAAUGCAAUGAUGUCUCCUGGAGAGGCCACUGCAGUAUGUUCUCUCUUCCAUUACUGGGUCACCGACAUCCUGUCUAUGAAUAAGAAUAACCGGAAUAAUAAUCCUUGCAUUUGAUUUGCGCCUUAUCAGGUCGUUGAGACAUCUCAAAAUGCUUCACACGAUAUAUACUGUAAAGUGAAUUGACUAUUUGUGGGUGAAGUCUAAGAAAUGAACAAAUAUAAUAUUACAAGAAUGAUUUUCUAAAUAGUUUAUCUUUUAAAAAAAAAUCAAAAAAUAACUGAAUUGACUGCCAUGUAUAAAUAUUUUAUGGAAAGAACAUGCAUUGCACAGAAUCUUGUUACAAAUCACAAUGAUUGUUAUUUUUGAAAUACUGUAUUGAAUCUUAUGAAUAAACAAGAUU